AUGCAUGGCUCGUGCUGCUGCAACCAAGGAUGCUUUGAGCAGGAAGUGGAAAAGUUGUUGGAGUUCUGCACCAACGAAUCAGAAUCAGAUGAUGCAGCGUCGCGAGAUGAGGAUGGUGCUGUUGUCCAUUACCUUCCGGGGCAGGAGGCGGCGCUGCAUCGACCGAUGCGCCUACUGGUUGCAUCGAUGAAUGCAGGCAACGAGGUAAUUGCUCUCGCAGGUGAUGGGUGGAUUCCACGAGGAGGUCUGUUGCAAGAAAGUCCGCCAUCGCUAUCCCAGCAGGAUCUCGGCAAUAGCCCAGGGAUCUACGACAUCAUUGUUGUUGGCAUCCAGGAGGCUGUUCUUGGAGCCAAGGACGCUGUUAAGCAGGGGGGUUCGAUUCGGCACCAUCACGAGUUGACUGAAGGCUUGCUCCGGCAUCUGGGAGACGAUUACAGCCUCUUCGCGACAAGUUCGCGCGGUGCCAUGGUGCUGCUGCUUUUUGCUUCCAAGUUUGCACCGCCGAUCGACAAGAUCGAGAAGUCCGGAGAGAACACAGGAUUGGGCCACAUCUUUCAUAACAAAGGUGGUCUACUCGUCCAAUUUCAGAUUGGUCGGACAUCGCUUUCGUUUCUCUCCGUGCACCUAGCAGCGCACACAGAGCAUCUCCAUCGCCGAAACACGGAUGUGUCCGAAAUUCUUUGGGGGACGCGUGUUUCCGAGCUUUAUCUCGACGCCCCAUCAUGCACGCAUCACAGCUUCUUCUUCGGUGAUUUGAAUUAUCGGUUGGACAUACCCGCAAAAGUAUUGGGCUUGGCGUCAGAGGCAGCGGGGAACCAGGUGCAGGAGGCACAGAUUCGCGAAAUCAUGCGGCUGAUCGAGGCGAAGGACUUCGCCAAUCUGAGGAAGUAUGACCAGCUGCAGCAAGAGAUGACUGCAGGUAAAGUCCUGCAAGGCUUUUCUGCGCUGGUCCCAACAUGGGAGCCGACCUAUCGCAUGCAGAAAGGCAAAGCCGGUGUGAAUUUCGACACAGCUCGCGUGCCAUCAUACUGCGAUCGCAUCCUUCAUCGCAGCAUGCCUGGUUGCACCGGGUGCUUGCAGCUUGUGUCCUUCAACUCUGCAGCAGAAGUGGCCAGCUCAGACCACAAGCCCAUUGCCAGCGACUGGCUGCUCAAAGCCUCCUAUCCCGAAGGAAGCGCACGGAAGCGGCUAUGCUUGGAAAAGCUUUCCACGCGGAUGCGCAGCAAGGUGCAGCCGGUACUCAAAGUCACUGUGUUUCCCAACAAGGCAGAAGACGAGCAGGCGGUCUCGAAGUGCAGAGGAAGCCGUGUUCAAGCUGAAGAAGCCGUACAUGUGUGGGAGGCGCUUGGCUUUGUGGCGACGGUCGGUCGGGCCACAGGACCACAUCCUCAUCCACAUCUGGGACCAGAGCAAGGAGUGGCCCAUAGAUGGACUGGUGGGGGUUGUUGUUUUGCCCUUGGCGCAGCCCUGUGUGAGCUUUCGAGAGCCCAUCAUUGGCUAUGGGGAGCUGAAUGGUACCAUCGAGGGGUUGUUGAGGAUAAGCAGUGA